AUGUCUGCUCUGGAUUACGACGACCGGAGACACAAGUCUCAUUCGCACCGCCAUCGCGAUGACCGAGAUGGUCGGGAACCAAGAUAUGUUGAAACACAAGAAACCUACGUGCGCAGCCCAGCUCCCAUCGUACCCGAACCACCAUACGCGGCGGUCAGGCAAACCGAGAUGAUCCGACGUCCAGUUCGUGAAGAUAGCGAUUUAUCUAUCGAAGAAGUUAGAAGAGAUUUCCCACCUCCAGGCGCUUACGUUCAACAAAGAUCAUAUGGUGCACCUGUCCGCUCUCGAUCUGCCGAACGACAUUAUGGCACCUACUUGGAUCACCGAGUUGACAACCCACGACGUUCCUUCCAUGAAGAUGAUCGUCGAAGCCGGAAGAGUACUACCUACGCCGAACAAGAAAUUAGGCCUCGCAAACGUUCACUUUCACGAAACCAAAAGAUUAUCGCAGCCGCUGGAGGUGCGAUUCUCGCGGCAGGUGCGAAGGAGCUUUACGAUCGUCAACAAGCAGAUGGUCGACCAGUCAACCGAAACCCUCUUUCUACAGCAGCAAUCGGUGCUGCCGGAGCCUUCGCAGGGUACGAAGGCGCCGAGUUCUACGCCAAACAACAAUCAAAGGGAAAGGAGGUUAAAACAUAUGUUGCUCAUCGUGGAAGAAAUGGCGAUGUUGAGGAAUAUUAUUCUUCAGAUGACCAGUCUUAUGUCAAGCCAAAGAGAUCCAAGAGCCGCCGCAAGUCUAUUGUUGAAAGCGCUAUGGCCUUGACAGGACUUGGGGCUGCAGCAAAAGCGGUCGGAGGAGAUAAGCAUCACAGACGACGUGGAAGUGCUGAUAGCUAUAUUUCUAACCGCUCCAAACGUUCUAGCCGCUCGCGUGGCCGUCACAGUGAAUCUGAAGGCGCAGCAAAGUUUCAACAGGCAGCAAAAGCAGCUCUCAUUGCUGGUGCCACUGAGGCUUUCAGAGUCAGAAAGGAGCCAGGAGGUUGGGGCGGAGAGAAGGGAAAGCGAAUUCUUACUGCUGCUAUUGGAGCUGGUGGUAUCGAUGCUGCAGCAGAUCGUGAUCCUGAUCGAAAGAGCAAACGCCAUAUUCUUGAAGCAGUGGUCGGUGGUCUCGCUGGAAACAGAUUGAUCAACGGAUCAAGAAAGGAAGUGGACGACGAUGGAAGAUCCAUUCGAUCCGGCAGAUCACGAUCUAGAUCAAGGGGACCUGGUGGAGGCGGUAGCGGCCCGCUUGCUGCUCUUGCGACGGCAGGUAUAGGAGCACUUGCAGGAAAGAAGUUAUUGGAUCGAUCCAAAUCCCGCUCUCGUUCAAGAGGAGCUCGAUCAAGAUCUCGCGGUGCUCGUCGACGAGACUACAGCACUGAUUCCUACGAUAGUCGAAGCCCAUCUCCAAGACGUAGCGGAAAAGAUCGACACAAGAGAAGCAAGAGUGUCACGGAUUACGCUCGGAAGGGUCUUGCUUCCCUCGGAAUCGGAGCCGCUGCUGGUUCUGGUAGAGAUAGAUCCAGAUCCCGAGACAGAGAAGUAAUCGAGGAAACCCAAGUUAUCCGCAAAUCAGGGCGACGUGGUUCGGAAGAUGGUUACGACUCGAGACGCUCCCGUCGCGGAGAUGACUAUGUUUACGAUAACCCUCAAUACGCAGAUUCUCGUGCCAGCAACGUUGGUUCCAGAAGCGGUGGUGGUGGUCGUUCCAAGAAGGACAGAAGAAAUGGGGCUCGAGAUAGGCGUAUUGCGGAAGGAAAGCAAUUGCCUUCGGAUUCGGAGGAUUCUCUUGGUUCGUCGUCAGGGGAUGAGAAGAAGAUCAAGAAAAUGAGAGGUAAGCAACUUAUUACGGCUGGUUUAGCAACUGUCGCCACUAUUCAUGCAGCACAUGGUGUCUAUUCGAGUAUAGAGAAGCGUGAUGCGAGACAUCGAGCGGUGGCAGAAGGAGAAAUGACGAAAGAAGAGGCGAGAAAGUUGAAGUCCAAGGCACUACUUCAAGACGUGGCAUCAGUUGGUAUUGCAGCACUUGGUAUCAAAGGAGCAGUUUCCGAGAUCAAGGAAGCCAACCAGAUGCGACAUGAGUGCAAAGAACUACGAGAGCAAAAACAACAGCGUCAUGAGAAACGCCUUCAACGUCAAAAGGGCUCAAGUCAGGGUGGAGGUAGUCAGGGUGGAAGGAGACACAGGAACAACGACAGAAACGACAACUAUAACCCAUCACCUACCACCCGUUAUGAUGAUCAUGGUCCGCGCUAUGUUGACAGUAAUCCAUACUCUUCACUACCAGCUCCUCCAGUUGGCUACGACAACCGGCGAUAG